ACUGCAUAGAGUCGAAUCAACUUUUUCUUUGAUUAAGUUUUAUAAUAUCUUUGUAAAGAGGAUAAAUUCUGUUUCACUCCGCGUGUCGUCCGACAAGGAAAUCAUGGGCUUGCAGUUGCGUGUAUGGCGCAGCAACUAUUACAACCCUUACGACCACCUACGAGACGCUCGUGCGCGUUACGUCCCCCUUUCUCCUCCCUUCGGUUGUUGAAAUAUAGCGCGGUAACUUGAGCCAGGAGACGCGAUCAAGGAUGCUUCGGUUUAAUAGGGUACAGGUAUUUUUACUCGUUUCAUAUCGAACGUUAUGUGCGCGGAUCGUAAAACAUUUCUUUCGCCGUGAGGACGAAACCUGUGAAAAAAAGAAUAGCGAGCUUGCUCAAUUUCCUCAGCAGUCUUCGACGAUUUCGUUUCUCCGUUUACGUGUCGACAUUCCUACAUUGUUCACUCCAUGAAUUUUUUUUCUUCAGUAGGGCAUGCAACAUAUGGAACGCUUCUUCGAGAAAUGUCGAUGUAUAGUCGUGCGGUCCUGAUAUCGAAGGGGUAGAAGUAGCCUACUGAACUGAAGCAUCCCUAUCCUAGACACCUAGUCGCGUCCUCGACGACGACAGUGACGAUAACGACGACGACUACGAGGGAUAGGUAGACGGAGCAAUACGCAGGCGCCCGCGGUGUACGUCGUCAGCACUCGCCACGGACAAUCGGGGGUGGUGGUGGUGUUGCAACGGCGAAGUGACUGCUCGCUUUCGACUGCGCGGUAGGCAGGAUAACUCUCGGUCCGUACGAAAGCGUAUGCAUGCGCGGGUGUUCACGCGUGAGUGUUACGUGGGCGAACGCGCUAUAAUGUCCGCUUACGUCGAAAUCGAGGGUUUCGUGGAUCGCGGAUCGUCCAGCGGAUGGCCGACGUAGUGAUUGCGAGGAACAGCCAACGACGUCGUAGAGUAUUGCGUGCGCAACAGUGCGGAGCAGUGUGUCGCGACUUUAGUUCGGUCUCGCAGCUUUCCUCGCGUGGUUUUUUGGGGUAGGAUACAUUGUAUACGGCGGUUCUGUCGGGCCGAGACACCCUCGGCCACAGGCAGCACUUCGUCUACCGCCGUACGCUUCUCGCUCGUCGUCUUUCAUCGAGACGAAAGGCGAAUCUCGUUCGCGCGAACAGCGCCGAAGAAGGACGAACGAGAGAGGAAAUUCGCCGACACCGCCGCCGGCGUGAUUCAACAUUGAUUUGAAAGAGGAAACAUAUUAGAGUAAAAUGUCGUCGGUUAAGGUGGCGGUGAGGGUACGACCCUUCAACAGUCGUGAGAUUCGUCGCGAGGCACAAUGUAUUAUAGAAAUGACGGGAAGUACUACUUCCAUAGCGAAUCCUAAAGCCACACCGGGAAGCAAAGACUCCGUUAAAAGUUUCAAUUAUGAUUAUUCCUACUUUUCUAUGGAUCCAAAUGACGAGAAUUACUCGUCUCAACUCAUGGUUUACAAGGAUAUUGGUGAAGAAAUGUUGGAACAUGCUUUCGAAGGCUAUAACGUUUGCAUUUUUGCAUACGGUCAAACUGGUGCCGGUAAAUCUUACACCAUGAUGGGUAAGCAGGAGGAAGGGCAAGAGGGAAUAAUACCACAGAUCUGCAAGGACCUGUUUAGGAAAAUCAGCUAUACGUCUAACGAACGACUAAAGUACUCGGUAGAAGUGAGUUAUAUGGAAAUAUACUGCGAGAGAGUGCGCGAUCUGUUGAAUCCAAAGAACAGGGGAAAUCUUCGAGUAAGAGAACACCCUCUUCUGGGGCCUUACGUCGAAGAUCUUUCCAAGCUGGCUGUAAUGUCAUAUGAGGACAUCCAUGAUCUCAUUGACGAGGGAAACAAAGCCAGGACUGUCGCAGCAACCAACAUGAAUGAAACCUCCAGCAGAUCGCACGCAGUGUUUACGAUAUUUUUCACGCAACAGCAACAGGAUUGUGCCACUGGUUUGGUAACAGAAAAAGUCAGUAAGAUAUCGCUGGUCGAUCUGGCGGGAUCUGAGAGAGCCGACUCGACGGGCGCAAAGGGAACGCGACUGAAGGAAGGAGCUAACAUUAACAAAAGUUUGACUACUCUUGGAAAGGUUAUCAGUGCUCUCGCUGAAAUCGCGGCGACGAAGAAAAAGAAGAAAGCCGAUUUUAUACCAUACAGAGACUCUGUUUUAACAUGGUUAUUGCGAGAGAAUUUGGGAGGAAAUUCGAAAACUGCCAUGAUUGCGGCAGUAAGCCCCGCGGAUAUCAAUUACGACGAGACGCUUUCGACCUUAAGAUACGCGGACAGAGCGAAACAGAUCGUUUGCAAAGCCGUGGUCAACGAGGACGCGAACGCCAGACUUAUCAGGGAACUCAAAGAGGAGAUACAGAAAUUGCGGGAACUUUUAAAGCAGGAGGGCAUCGAUGUACAAGAAGGGCCAGAUGGCAAAGUUACGUACGAAAAGAAAGAACCUAGGGACGAAAUUGUCAGAACAAACAAGCGCGAGGAAGAUGUCAAAGAAAGCCGCUCGAGGAUUCCUUCUCACACUACGUCUUCUCUCGCCGAGGAAGCGGUGGAUCAGUUGCAAGCGUCGGAGAAAUUGAUCGCAGAACUAAAUGAAACAUGGGAGGAGAAGUUGAAGCGAACUGAAUCGAUUCGCUUGCAACGCGAGGCGGUGUUUGCCGAGAUGGGAGUCGCCGUGAAAGAAGAUGGUGUGACAGUGGGCGUCUUCUCCCCCAAGAAGACGCCGCACUUGGUGAAUUUGAAUGAGGAUCCGCUCAUGUCGGAGUGUUUAAUUUAUUAUAUCAAGGAUGGAUUUACGCGUAUCGGCAGCGCCGAGGCGAACAUACCGCAGGAUAUCCAGUUAUGCGGUCCGCACAUACUCAGCGAGCACUGCGUUUUCGAGAAUCACGAGGGUAUUAUAACUCUGAUACCGAAGAACGGAGCUUUGAUUUAUGUCAACGGUCGCGAGGUGACCGAGCCGCUGACCCUGACGACCGGUUCACGCGUGAUUCUGGGCAAGAAUCACGUUUUCCGAUUCAAUCAUCCAGAUCAAGGUAUCAUACAUUCCUCGUACAAUCGUAUAGUGCGCGAACGAAGAGAAAAGGGAUCCCCGGCGGAAACACCCGGCAACGGCGAAACCGCGGAUUGGGAUUUUGCACAGAUCGAAUUACUUGAAAAUCAGGGUAUCGAUCUGAAGGCUGAAAUGGAGAAGAGAUUGCUCGUGUUGGAGGAACAGUUCCGUAAGGAGAAGGAGGAAGCCGAUCAGUUAUUUGAGGAACAACGAAAGAACUACGAAGCGCGGAUAGACGCGUUGCAGAGACAAGUGGAGGAACAGAGUAUGACAAUGUCUAUGUAUAGCAGUUACACGCCGGAAGAUUUCAACAAUAUCGAGGAAGAUAUUUUCGUCAACCCAUUGUUUGACGCAGAGAGCAACUGGACCGAGAGAGAGUUUCAACUGGCCGCUUCGGCCUUCCGCAAGUGGAAAUACCACCAAUUCACGAGUUUACGGGACGAUCUUUGGGGCAACGCGAUAUUCCUUAAAGAGGCUAAUGCCAUAUCCGUUGAACUAAAGAAGAAGGUUCAAUUUCAAUUCACGUUACUGACGGACACUCUUUAUUCACCGCUACCGCCGGAUCUUUUACCCGUCAUGGACGAUGAGGAGGAGGAUGAAAGGCCGUUCCCGCGCACGAUCGUCGCUGUUGAGGUUCAGGACACGAAAAACGGUGCCACGCAUUACUGGACAUUAGACAAGCUAAGACAGCGCUUGGAGCUGAUGCGACACGUGUACAACGAGGACUCGAGCCCCAGCACUCCGGAGGCCAAAGAGGAUAUUUUCCAAUGCCUUACAGUCUACUCUAAUCCGAAGUUCUCGCUCGCAAAUCUUUUGCCUUCGAGACAAAGAUUGGAACUGAUGCGCGAGAUGUAUCAUAAUGAGGCCGAGCUGUCGCCUACAUCUCCAGAUUAUAACGUCGAGUCCAUCAACGGAGGUGAUCCAUUCUACGACCGAUUCCCCUGGUUUCGUAUGGUCGGCAGAUCCUUCGUGUACCUAAGUAACCUCAUGUAUCCAGUGCCGUUGAUUCACAAGGUCGCCAUUGUGAACGAAAAGGGUGACGUGAAGGGUUACCUGCGAGUUGCUGUACAAGCCGUAGUUGAAGAGGAAAACAGCGAAUACUCAAGUGGCGUCAGACAAUCAGCACGAAUUUCCUUCGAGGACGACUUGUUCGGCGGACAGAAGCAUAAUAAACGUAGCACACUGUUGGCCCAAACUUUAGAGAAGAAUCGACAGAUCAUGUUGCACGAGGACCGCGUGGUCGAGGGACACAAUGAAGUACAGAAAGAUAUGAAAGACGAGGACGACAUAGGAGACGCCGAUAGCGGCAGAGGCGACAGCUCGGUUUCGAGUGAUAUGAAGGAGGAGGACUUGCCGGAUCACCUGCAACCUGGCGCAGAGUUUACUUUUAGAGUAACGGUCCUACAAGCCAUGGGUAUUUCUACAGAGUACGCCGACAUUUUCUGUCAGUUCAACUUCUUACAUCGACACGACGAGGCUUUCUCAACGGAACCGGUGAAGAACACAGGCAAAGGCAAUCCACCCGGAUUUUAUCAUGUACAAAAUAUUACAGUCACAGUCACUAAAUCUUUCUUGGAGUAUCUGAAGACACAACCUAUCGUUUUCGAGGUGUUCGGCCAUUAUCAACAGCACCCGUUACACAAAGACGCGAAACUGGAAUAUGUACGACAGCCGCCGAAGAGGAUGCUUCCGCCAUCCAUACCGAUCAGCCAGCCGGUGCGUUCGCCGAAAUUCGGCAGUGUUCUGCCGUCUCCUAGCACGUCUCAUGUGCAUGCAAAGUACGACGUGCUGGUGUGGUUCGAGAUCUGCGAGUUGGCGCCGAACGGCGAAUACGUGCCAUCCGUGGUGGACCACAGCGACGACUUACCGUGUCGUGGACUGUUCCUGCUUCACCAAGGCAUACAGCGGCGCAUACGGAUCACUAUUGUGCACGAGCCGGCCUCCGAAUUAAGAUGGAAAGACGUGCGCGAGCUCGUAGUCGGCCGUAUUCGAAACACUCCGGAGCCCGAAGAGGAGGAUAACGACUCGUCUGUGCUCUCGUUGGGCUUGUUCCCAGGCGAGUACCUCGAAGUUCCCGGCGACGAUCGGUGUAUGUUCAGAUUCGAGGCGGCAUGGGACAGCUCGCUUCACAAUUCAACUCUGCUCAAUCGCGUCACUGCUUAUGGAGAACAGAUCUUUAUGACUAUCUCCGCGUAUCUCGAGUUGGAGAACUGUGGAAGACCCGCGAUUAUCACAAAAGAUCUCAGUAUGAUUAUCUACGGAAGGGACGCGAGAGUUGGGCCACGCUCACUGAAACACCUGUUCAGCGGCAGCUAUCGCAACCAAGAGGCGAAUCGACUCAGCGGCGUCUACGAGCUAGUUCUGCGUCGUUCUUCGGAAGCAGGUAGCCCAGGAGUUCAAAGACGUCAACGUCGCGUCUUGGAUACCAGUUCCACGUAUGUCAGAGGCGAGGAGAACCUGCACGGCUGGAGACCACGAGGGGACAGUCUCAUAUUCGACCAUCAAUGGGAGCUUGAAAAAUUGACGAGGCUGGAAGAAGUAGAGAGAAUGCGACAUACACUUUUGUUGAGGGAGAAACUCGGCAUCGACAAAGUAUCGUUCUGCAAUAAACCAUUACACGAUUUCACGAAAAGCGAGAAGAGCUACUCACGACGAUUAUCCGGUGCGCAGGACGUAUGUAACAUGGUAGCGAAGGCUACGAACGAACCACAUGCCAGCCCGGUGAAGCUGAAACGCUCGAACAGUAAAGACAUCUACGAGCCUUGGGAGAUGACCGAAAGAGAGCGAGAAUUGGCAACCAAGUGCAUUAAGCUCAUUCAAGGCAGAAUUCCAAGCAAGGAACCGAUACUGCUUUCCGACGUUUCACCCGGAGAAGACACUAUAGCCGAUAUAUCCGCCUCUAUGAUAUCCUCAGUCAUAUCAUCUACGUCUCAAGAGUCAGUAUACAUGCGAGCUAGCGAUAUCUUAAACCAGGCUGCUGGUAUAGUAGUAUGGAGCAGGACUAAGUCGUGCCUCCUUAGGUUGAGCUCGCCGGAGAGGGCUAGACUGCAAGAGCUCCAGGAGAGUAUAUUGGCAAGCGAGUCGGCCAAUCAAACCUGCACGGUCGUACCGCCGCCGCUCGGGUCGUCCUCGCCGUCGAAGGAGAACUUGGUACUCUAUGUGCCGGAAGUAGAGGAGAUACGUAUCAGCCCGGUGAUCGCGCGAAAGGGUUACUUGAAUGUCCUCGAGCACAAGACCAAUGGAUGGAAGAAACGUUGGGUGGCUGUGCGCCGACCGUACGUUUUGAUUUUCCGAGAGGAGAAGGAUCCCGUUGAGAGAGCACUUAUCAAUUUAGCCACCGCUCAAGUUGAAUAUUCCGAGGAUCAGCUGGCUAUGGUGAAAGUGCCGAAUACAUUCAGCGUCGUCACCAAGCAUCGAGGCUACUUGCUGCAGACUUUAGGCGACAAGGAGGUCUACGAUUGGUUGUACGCCAUCAAUCCUCUCCUAGCUGGACAAAUCAGGUCGAAACUCGCGCGUAAAGGACCGACCGCCCCGAAUCUGAACAGUGUCGCACCCAUCAGGUUGACACCGCCGUUGGAGCAACAGACCGGCCAGACUAAGUGAGUGGUCGACACUGUGGGGUAACGAGUGCAAUAGCGAAAGCGUCGGAGAGGAUGCUAUUUUGGUCACACUCGGCCCUAGAGUCCCAGAACUUGUGCAACUUUCGAUUCCCAAUAGUCUUUGAUUGAUGGAAUCGAGGCGAGGCUCUCUCUCUUUCUCGCGUGACUACCCGCGAUCGACAACGGCAGCGGCACAUAAUAUCGACGUUUAACUUUACACAGUGUCCUCUUAGCACGUUCUUAGGGCAGCCAUGGCGGAGGAGAGAGAGGAAACGAGAGUGAUGCUCGUCUUUCGAAGAAGUUACAAAUGCGCGUAUAAAAUGCGUUCGCACUUACAUUACAUACACAUACACACACUGGCAAACACUAGUUUGGUUUUUCGCGUCUCUCCGUACACUUCGAACUCGUAUUCGAAGUGCUCCCCACGUUGACGAGACGAUUCAAUGCGCGUUCGCGAACGCUUUCGCGAACGUUUUCAUUGAUUUCCAUAUGAUGCAUUAAUGUAACUACAUGGUACAUAAAUACACAACACACCCCUCACCCUCAUGCACGCGACUUGCGUGAGGAUUAAAAACGCAUUUAUGCCUAAUAAACAUAUUCCUAAGACGAUCACUGAAAAAAAGACGGAGUAAGGAAUACAUAUAAUAGAUAUAUAUUGUAGGAGAAGUAUGUGAGAGGAAGCGAGAAAGAGAGGGAGAGAAACAGAAAUAAUAUAAAGAGAAAGCGAGAACAUAAAACAAAGAGAGAGAAGACAAAGUUAGAGGCAAGAAAAUGUUCAUAAUUUCAUAUGCAUGCUUGACGCGUAGAACUCGACUUUCGGAGCACAGAAAAGAAAAAGAAACGUUAGUAUUUUGUAAGAUGAGUUUUGAGCGAGUCGUUCAAGUGCAGAUGUGUUUGAAACAGUAUUCUGGCAAAGUAUUCUAGUAAUGCGACGGUUAUUUAAGACAGAUUAAUUUUCUAUUAGGGUACAUUUGUGUUUUCCGUUCGUCGAUUGUUUUCUCUCAUUUGCUCGAGUAAAAACAAAUUUCUUUCACGAAAGAAUGUUCUGCCGUUGUACACGUAAUCGAUCGAUAAUGACGAGAAUCUCAUCUUAACUUUGCGUCGGAAACGAGAACAAGUUCGAACGCUAUUUGCUUCGCGAAAAAUAACGUACGAAUUAAUGAGAGGAAAAUAUGUCGUUGACGUGGAAAUAUAUACGGUUUAUAUAUAUAUUUUUUAAUGUAAAUCAAGAUUCUCUUUCAUUGCGCAUCGCAUAUGCAUUCAGCGCACUGUUAUCCUCUCUAGAGUAAUUUCACCUUGUCUUAAGACAUACGAAAGAGUCUCUGCAUAUUCUUGAAUAUUUUACGACUUAUAGUUUCAUGUAAAUCGAUCGAGGAGCUUAUAAGAUAAAGGAGUACAAGUAGUGAAUCUCAUAGUGAAUCCCCAGAAACAGACAAAGUGCAUAAAUCACAAGUGGACGCUUGUGACUAUUUGUUUUUAAGAGGAACCUCUAUUGAAAUAGAAAAAAAAAUUAUAUUCUCAGUACAGGGAUAAAUAGGAAAAGGUUAUAUAUAUCACUGCGAACUUCUUCGAAAUACGAAAAAGUACGUGAAGUUAGCAAGCGAAUCGAGACAACUAAGAAAAUUUCCAUUUGCUCGAGGCUCACCUUGAGACGUGAUGUUGCGACGAGAGCUUCCAAUUGGAGCUCUCUCUAUAUUUCGUAUACUUCGCUAUCAUCGUGCAAUGUGAUGGGAUAAAUUUUUGCGCUGAUUGCGUGGUGAUAGAAAGUCACGCGGUGUUUUCAUGUCUAACUUUAGAAUAUAAGCAUCGUUCUACGGAAGUGUCAUGAGCGCGGCGUAUCACUCUCGAGCGUGAUUUCGCGAUGCAAAAUGCGUACGCAAAUCAGACGAGCGUGAUCGAUGAUAACAAGUCUAACGGAGAAUCGAUACGGUCGCAUCUCCCGUUGUUUCCUAUUUUCCAAAGAUCCCGUAGCACGCAUCGGCUACGGGGAAGCUCGGUCAAGCAGCGGCCGUCGAUGAUGUCUUCGUGAGAUAAUGGAGACGUAGUCGACUGCGUUGUUCCAAGGCUUUUAAUAACUUCUCUCUUACGUGUAAUUUGGGUAACAGGUAUACAGCGUUAUGAAUACAUGUGUCUAUUACGCACCUCACGUGGAACUUUGAUAUUUCAUUAAUGAGAUGGAACGCGUGCGCGCGCGAGAGUUCCUGAGGGCGAGAUAUUUCUCUUUGAGAAGGGACCCUCGACAUGUACAUGGAAAAAACAACUUCGUUAGUGUAAUUAAAUUUUCUGUUACUUGAGGGCCAAACGAAAACUCGGUUAUAGGAACAGUAAGGUUCCUAUAGAAGAUUUCUAUUCAGCCAAAUGUUCUUAGUUAUCUCAGCCGAGUUUGAACGCAGCUGAAUGUUUAGGCGAAUGUUUUUUCGCCGGCGAGCUUUUCGUCUGGUCCCCAUUCCGUUACACGAAAUAUUUGUUCCGUGUACGGUAUUAUGUAUUGCGCGAUAAUAUCUUGCGACGUUCAGCGUUAUAUAAGAACUAACGUCUCACGCACAUAUUUGAUGCAGCAAAAUCACCGAUUUAUUCGAAUCCACCCCAUACAAGUCAAGUACAAUCAAAGGUACGUGUAUGUGUACAUCAUGCGUCUUUUGUAAUCGUGUCGAGCUCUUCUUUUACGCUUCUGUCGCGCGCGCUGUCAUGUUAGAAUUCCGACGCGAGUAGGAACUUGAUUCUCGGCGGAACCAUAUUCGCGCCAUUAUUUAUUUCGAUUGAGCGCGUAAUCUUCUCAGUUAACGUUCCGACGAGGGAUUCGAUGAUGAGUGAAUGUUGUCAAGUAUUUCGCUUUCGAACGCAACGAAGGCAAUGGUCUAUCGAUUUCGUGUACUCCGAUACUUCGCGAGAAGGGCAGGAUCCCGUUCUGGCUACGACUAUGACGGAAGACAAUUGUGUGGACCUUAACUUAAAUCUUAUUCUAGUCGCAAAAGUGUUCCCCUGCGCGUAAUCAAUUCUUCGAGGCCGGUUGUUAUUAUUAUUUUCUCUUUUUUCCGAGAUCGUAAGACGAUGGCUUUAUUACGCGAACAUAACGUGAUUACCCACCUCUGUUAUCGUUUUUGCUUGCUGACUGUUGUAGUAUUUAAAAUAGUUUUAUUUUGUUAAACGAUCACCGCGUAAUAUAUUAAAAGUAAGCGCGUAAGUACGAUAUAAGUUGAACCUAGACUUUUUAUCGAAUAUGCCGAGAAGCGUGAAAAGAACGGAAAAGAAAGGGCGAAAAGAAGAAAGAAAGAUGAAAGCGCAGAAAUGCAUAUUACGAAGGGAGUUACGUCGCAUUUAAAGUCGUUGCAGAGAUUAAUAAUCAUUGUUAUUAUUAGACGAUAUAUAGAGGAGUAAAGAGAGAGAGAGAGAGAGAGCGGUCGAUAUGGCGAGAGUGGUGUGUAUGUGUGUGAAUGAGAGGACUGAGAGACUGAGAGAACGAAAGAAAGAGAGCAGCAGGACACAAGUGGAAAGAAGAGUGUGCAAAUGUAUGAAAGGACAAGCGUGCGAAAGAGUGCGAAAGAAUACGUUCGCUUAUAUAUACAUAUAUAUGUAUGCAUAUACACGCAAGAUGAGGUUUUAGAAACUUAAACAGGAAUUUCCCUUGUGGUUGACGAUAGAAAGAAAAAAAAAACGAUGAAGGAAAAAUUGUUAGAGGAGACGCGUGAUGAAAUUCCACCUUUUUAUCACGUCUUUCUUUUCUGUAAAACGGGUACAAUAUAGCACACAAUAUAUAAUUGUACCUUUUUCCGAAAUAGAAAUCAGAAAAAUGCUCCUCAAUUUUUUUCUUAUUAGUUAAUAUAUAUAUCGUCAGAGCCGAGAGAGAUAUUCCUAGUUUAAAUCGUAGAAUCAUUCUGCAACGUAUGUAUAUGUACACAUAUAUAUAGAUAUAGAUACAUAUACAUAUAUACAUAUAUAAUACAAAGUAAAUUAUAUAAAUAUAUAAAUAAAUUUAAUGUUAUAUAAAAUUUAAGCGUUUCGUGAAACGUUGAGGAGCCGUUAUCAUCGUCGCAGAGUAAACGAGAGCAGGCUAACGAUGAUACGAUCUGUACCAAGUAUGUAAGUUCAUGUACUUGUUUGUAAGGUAACUAAACAUUCAAUACAAAAUGUUUCCGUUUGAUCGUUUGCUAUGGGAACGUGCAUCGAUGCUGUAACUAGUAUUUAUUAUAAAUAUAUUAUGAUUACUCUCUCUCGAAUUUCGCUAGGCUCACUGUAAGUGGUAACGUGUAAUAAAUCGGUCAAUAAAAAGCUUAUGUGCUUAAUAAA